CAAACCAAACCAGGGAAGCAAAAGCAACCAAAACCCCAACUCUUUUGCUCCCAGAAAACCAGAACUUUCUUUCAAUGGAAAACAAAAAUGACCCAGAAAUCAUUUUCAGAUCAAAACUCCCAGACAUCAACAUCCCAAACCACCUCCCACUCCACACAUACUGCUUUGAAAAAAUCUCAGAAUUCAAAGACAAACCUUGCAUAAUCGACGGCGCUAACGGCCGCAUAUACUCCUAUGCAGACGUUGAACUCACUUCACGCAAGGUAGCCUCGGGACUCAGCAAACUGGGCAUCAAACAAGGCGACGUGAUCAUGCUAUUACUCCAAAACUGCCCCGAAUUCGUCUUCGCAUUCUUCGGAGCAUCAUUUUUAGGCGCAAUGAGUACCACCGCCAACCCGUUCUACACUCCGGCGGAGAUUGCCAAGCAAGCCACCGCGUCGAGGUGCGAAGUUAUUGUCACACAAUCAGCCUACGCUGAUAAAGUGAAGGACAUGGGCUUGAAAGUUGUGAUCAUUGAUGACGCGCCAGAGAAUUGCUUGCAUUUCUCGGAGUUGACGGAAGCGGACGACAGCCAAAUCCCAACCGUUGAGAUUAAACCAGACGACGUCGUGGCGCUCCCUUAUUCGUCCGGGACGACAGGGCUGCCAAAAGGUGUCAUGUUGACGCACGAAGGACUAGUGACGAGCGUGGCACAGCAAGUGGACGGAGAGAAUCCCAACCUCUACUUUCACGAGAACGACGUGAUCCUCUGCGUGCUGCCGCUUUUUCACAUUUACUCGCUGAACUCUGUUCUGUUGUGCGCGCUGAGGGUUGGUGCGGCGAUUCUGCUAAUGCAGAAAUUCGAGAUUGUGACGCUGUUGGAGCUGGUGCAGAAGUAUAAAGUGACGAUUGCGCCGUUUGUGCCGCCGAUUGUUUUGGCGAUCGCGAAGAAUGCUGAGGUCGAUAAGUAUGAUUUGUCGUCGAUUAGGACAGUGAUGUCGGGUGCGGCUCCGAUGGGGAAGGAGCUUGAGGAUUCUGUCAGGGCUAAGAUGCCUAAUGCUAAACUUGGACAGGGAUAUGGGAUGACGGAAGCAGGGCCAGUAUUGUCAAUGUGCCUAGCAUUUGCGAAAGAACCGUUUGAGAUAAAAUCAGGUGCAUGCGGGACCGUAGUAAGGAAUGCAGAAAUGAAGAUCGUUGACCCAGAAACUGGAGCAUCACUGCCGCGUAAUCAAGCCGGCGAGAUUUGCAUCAGAGGGCGCCAGAUCAUGAAAGGUUAUUUGAACGACCAAGAGGCCACAGCAAGAACUAUAGACAAGGAAGGAUGGCUGCACACGGGAGAUAUCGGCUACAUUGAUGACGACGACGAGCUCUUCAUCGUCGAUAGACUGAAAGAGCUUAUCAAGUACAAAGGUUUCCAAGUUGCCCCGGCGGAGCUCGAAGCAAUGUUGAUAGCCCAUCCAAACAUCUCAGACGCUGCUGUUGUACCCAUGAAAGAUGAGGCUGCCGGCGAGGUUCCGGUUGCAUUCGUUGUAAGAUCAAAUGGUUCCAAGAUUACUGAGGACGAAAUCAAGCAAUACAUUUCAAAGCAGGUUGUGUUCUACAAGAGGAUCAAUCGGGUGUUCUUCGCGGAUACGAUUCCCAAGGCACCAUCAGGAAAGAUAUUAAGGAAAGAUUUAAGAGCAAAGCUUGCAGCAGGUCUUGCCAAUUAGACUACUCAAUGUGUGUAUAUAUAGCAUCAUAUAUAUAUAUAUGCAUGAAUGGGAGAGAUUGAUGAUCAUCAAUUCAAAGUUCACAGAGCUCAGCUCAAUUUGUUUGAAUUUGUUUUAUCGUGUAUAUGUUGUUAUGAACUACUCCAAAUACCUUAGAAUAUUUGCAGUUUGACAAUCUUCAAACUCAAAAUUAUUUUGUGCCUUUUUUCCUUUCAAAUGUACUAUUAAUCUGUUGUUAGCAGAAAUUUAUAUAUAAUUUUGGCUUCACGUA